AUGGAAUUGAUUCAAGGUGCUGGUCGUGAACAAUUCACACAUCUUAGAAGCUAUGGUGAGGAGUUAUUAAAGUCAAAUCCAAACUCCACUGUUAAAAUUAAGUGUGCUGAUUCAGAUGGUGGUCCUGUCUUUGAAAGAAUAUAUGUAUGCUUAGAAGCUUGUAAGGCAGCAUUUGCAACAACGUGUAGGCAUCUAAUAGGACUGGAUGCUUGUUUUCUUAAAGGGGACUUUGGAGGUCAGUUAAUAGGUGUUGUUGGUAAGGAUGGAAAUAACAAGAUUUAUCCAAUCGCUUAUGCCGUAGUGGAAGCUGAAACGAAAGACUCAUGGAAAUGGUUCCUUAAUUUGUUAUUAGAAGACUUGCAAUCUAUACAAGACAACAAAUAUGGAUUUAUAUCAGAUCAACAGAAGGGAUUGGUAUCGACUAUUCUUGAGACAAGCCAACAUGUCGAACACAAACUAUGUGUUAAACACUUGUAUGACAAUUGGAGAAAGAAAUAUCCUGGGAUAUUUAUGAAGGAGGCUUUAUCGCGGGCAGCUAGAGCCACAACAAUUCCUGCAUGGGAAAGAGCAAUGAAUCAUAUGAAAGAGCUCAAUAUCAAUGCUUGGAAAGACAUGAUGGAUGUCCCAGCUGCAUGUUGGACUCAGUCUCAUUUCAAAACAGACACACAAUGUGAUUUGCAAGUCAACAAUAUAUGUGAGGCUUUUAAUCGUGCAAUCUUGGAGUAUAGAGAUAAGCCGGUCAUUUCACUACUUGAAGGAAUCAAAAUAACAGUGAGAAUAUCUGCUCAAAAGGAGAAAUUAAGUAGGUAUACAGGUGUUACAAGUCCUUGCAUUCAAAAAGUCUUGGAAAAAACAAAGAGGGCAGCAGAAGGAUGGAUUGCAACAUGGCAUGCAGAUGAUGACUUUGCUAUAUUCGAAGUUUCAAACGGUGUUGAGACAUAUGCUGUGAAUUUGCUUCAACAGAAAUGUGAUUGUAGGAAGUGGGAUUUAAGUGGAUGA